GUGUACCAAGUCCUGACAAGAUGCCACCCACGUUUACAUGGAGUACAUGCCUUGCCUGUCGCGGACCUUCGCUAAAGGCUUUGCACGGGAGUGUAAGAAUGUACGCACACGACUCGUGAGUCGCUGAGUGAAGCUUUCUACUUGGACUUCAGCAUUCGCUCUCGAACGUGCAAUUUUUGUGUCCAAGUCGUUCUCCCUGCCGGCUUCGAUCUUUUGUUUCAUUAUCUGCGAAUCAACACCGGCAACUAUACUGGAUAAGGUCGUUGUGUUUUUCAGCCACCCUCGGACUUCCUUUGAUCAACGCGCAUAUGCAGACAGCGAUUGUAGUAUGUGAUUGAAUGGGUUUCGCAGAAGCCUCAAAAAGCUUGCUGUAUCCAACGUUCGAGGUCGCCAUCGUCCUCGAGGCCCCCGAGGGAAUAUGUUCCGGUCGGACGCUCUCACGAUCAUAAGCCACUGGCCGCCUGGAAACUUCGUUGAUCCGAAGACCAGAGGAGAUGCCUUGUAUGUCGUGACGGGAGUAUUCCUCUCCAUAUCGACCAUUUCGCUGAGCGCCCGAAUGUAUUCACGGAUAUGGAUCCGUCGAUAUUUCGGACCUGAUGACGGCCUGAUCCUGUUCGCCUGGAUUGCGUCGUUGGGUGUUGCGGCUUGCUCCAUUCUCGGUCAUCGAAACUAUGGCUGGGACAGACAUGCUUGGGACAUCAGACCGAACCUUUUGCCCAUGUCCUUGAAAGUUUUGUACUUUGCACGGAUUUGCUGGGGACUUGCAACGUCGGCCGCCCGAUUGUCAAUAUGCUUUCUUUACAUGCGUUUACUCAGCCGAAUAGGUGUUGGACCACCGCUGUUUCGACGCAUUCUACACAUAUUCACAGCAGUUCAAGUCGCUCUGGUCUUCGUUUACAUUUUCACCGGAAUUUUUGCAUGUUGGCCGAUCAAGGCUUACUGGAGCUUAGUGAACAUGCCCGGCCAGCACUGUGACGAUGACCCAAGCGUGAUGAAGGCAUGCGCGAUCAUCAACACAGUUUCAGAGUUUAUUCUCGCCUCGAUGCCAAUCAUCGCAGUUUACAAGCUUCAUGUCGACCCAAAGCAACGGUGGACAGUCAUCAUGCUGUUGUCACUAGGCUUCUUGGUAGGCUUUGCGGGCUGCUUCCGUACUUAUUUUCUCUGGAAGUCGGUGAGCAGUCCUACUCUAGAUCUCUCAUGGAUGGCGGAUCCUCACUGGAUGGCUAGCCAGGUUGAGAUCGAUUUGAGCAUUACUUGCGCAUGCGCCGCCCCAUUACGACCGCUUUUCUCGUAUCUAUUUCGAAAAGCCAAAGGACUGCCAUCACAAUUGCCCACCAUACGGGGUAAACGGCCGUCAUUUUCCACAUACGCGAGCAGACGCACCGAGAUGGACUACGACUUCCAACCAGGUUGGAUCGCUCCCAGACCCCAAUAUUUCGACUUGGAGGGUCUACCGUGUGAUGGGUACGGUUACACGGUCAUUAUCACUGGACCCGUGAAAAGACGCAGUAGACUUCACCGAAGAAAGAGCGUACGAGAGACUGAGGUGCAGCAACCUGUUCUACAAAAGCCAGCCGCAGUGGCUCGGGCAAGCAGCACACAGCCGGAUUCCAUAAGGCUCGAUAUCUCGACUACCAAAGAGGUCGACGUACGACACAGCUGGAACUGGCCUAGAAUAAGCCAAGAUAAGUUCAAGCCGUUCGAAAGUCGCUCGAGCGCCUCUGGAGAUAUCGAAAUGGCCGGGAAGAAAGACAAGAGCUGGUUUCAAGACUAGGAUUCUUUCCGCCGAGGGGCGAAUGAACCUUUGUAGAGAGUCAACAAAAUGUGAUACCCCAGAUCGUAGCAUAUGAAGAGCAUCGAGCCAUGAAAAAAAAA